GCGUCUUGGCGCGAGCUCCCUUGAACAACGAGAGAAAGAAGGAGCAAGCAGUUCGUUUUAACACGUUCACAGGCAGAUGUUUAGGCUAAUGCCCCGCCACUGCUAUCUGUUAACUCUGAUUUCCCUUCCUGAUAGGCUUAUAUUUUAUUUCAAUGCGUUUUACGAUCGGUAUAACAAACUUUUGAGAGUAACGUAGUUUACAUGUAGCUUCUAAAGUCCACCGCUGAGACCAUCGAGAUUUCAUCCGUUCCUUUCCUUCUUGCGUCUCCAUUAACUUCACUGCGCUGAGGAUGUACUGCAAGAGGAUCGGACUAUUAACGUGGAAAAGCGGAGUGCUGGAUGUUUUUUGCGUGUGUUUGUACUUUUCUUUUGUUUAUGCUUACAAUAUUGACCUGGAACACCCUCUGGUUUUCCGUGGACCAAAUGCGACGUUUUUUGGCUACUCGGUUCUGGAGCACUUCCAUGAUAACACACGAUGGAUUUUGGUUGGGGCUCCUCAGGCAAAUUCAUCCUUCAGUAAAUCUGUUCACUCUCCUGGAGCUGUGUUUAAGUGCCGUAUACACAGCAACCCAGAGCGCCGCUGUACAGAGAUCGACCUGGGCAGAGGUAACAAGAAAAGGGAGUCUUGUGGAAAGACAUGCCAAGGGGACAGGGAUGAUGAGUGGAUGGGGGUCAGUCUGGCGAGACAAGACAAACCCAAUGGAAGAGUUCUGGCCUGUGCACAUCGCUGGAAAAAUGUGUACUACGAAUCAGAGCACAUCCUACCGCAUGGCUACUGCUCUGUGAUCCCACCAACAUUACAGGGCAGGACCCAGGCUCUCAUUCCUUGUUAUGAAGAUCAUAAGAAGAUGUAUGGGGAGGAACAUGGCUCAUGCCAGGCAGGAAUCGCAGGAGCUUUCAUGGAGGAGCUGGUGGUCAUGGGAGCACCUGGAUCAUACUACUGGACUGGAACAGUGAAAGUGUUCAAUAUCACCUCCAAUACUCAAUACAGCCUCAACAAAAAUCAGCUGAGUUCUCAAAGAUACAGUUACCUGGGCGAUGCAGUGACAGCUGGUCACUUCUCAUCACCUACUUCCAUCGAUAUUGCUGCUGGUGCACCUCGGGAUGGUGGUGGUGGAAAAGUUUACGUCUUCCGGAUUGACAGCGUCUCUCUUGUAAAGGUCUUUCAAGCCUCAGGGAAAAUGAUGGGCUCUUACUUUGGCUCCUCACUGUGUGCAGUUGACCUGAACGCAGAUGGACUCUCAGACCUGCUGGUCGGGGCACCAAUGUUCAGUGAGGUUCGGGAUGAAGGCCAGGUGUCUGUUUACAUCAGCAGGGGCAAUGGGGUGAUGGAGGAGGUGAUGCUUUUGAAUGGGGACAAUGCAUACAAUGCUCAUUUCGGAGAGUGUAUCAGUGCUAUUGGGGAUAUCGAUGAUGACGGGUACCAAGAUGUGGCAAUAGGAGCUCCCAAAGAAGAUGACUUUGGGGGUGCAGUUUACAUCUAUCAUGGUGAUGCUAAAGCAUUAGUCAACAAGUACUCAAUGAGGUUCUCUGGACGAAGCAUCAAUCCAACCAUCCAAAUGUUUGGCCAGUCAAUAUCUGGCAACGUGGACAUGGACGGAAACGGAUAUCCAGAUGUGACAAUCGGUGCAUUCAUGGCAGACAGUGUGGUGUUACUAAGAUCUAAACCGGUAAUCACAGUGGAUGUGUCCAUCUUUCUGCCGGCCGCCAUAAACAUCACCGUGCCUCAGUGUCAUGAAAAUCCACAGCAUCUAAACUGCUUUAAUGUCACAGUCUGUAUGCGCUUCCAUGGGAAACUUGUGCCUGGACAAAUAGAGCUGCUGUACAAUCUAACAGCGGAUGCAGAUAAGCGAUACAAAGGCUUAUCAUCACGAGUCUAUUUCACACUUGGUGGAGAGCAGACUGGUGUUGUGGGUCAGAACUUCAACCUUCGCAUCAACCAGCAGGAGUGCCAUCACUACACAACCUAUGUACGGAAAGAAGUGAAGGAUGUGUUUGCAGCCAUAACGUUUGAGGCAUCAUACAGCCUGGGCAAGCAUGUGCUGGACGUACAUCAUGUGCAUGAGCUUGCUUCACUCUCUCCUGUACUGCGCUGGAGGAAAGGAGAGAAGAUUACAGCAAGGAAUGAGACUUGGUUUGAGAAGAACUGUCUGUCCGAUGACUGUGCUGCUGACCUGAAGCUACAUGGCAAACUGCUGCUUUCAGGACAUCACAUCAGGCCUCACCUUGCUCUCGGAGGGGUGAAAAAUGUCUCUCUCAACAUAACCAUUAUCAAUGCUGGAGAUGAUGCUUAUGACACCAACAUCUACCUAAAUUUUUCCAGGGAGGUUCACUACAUAAACUUUCUGCAGAGGGAAGAAAAGGGCAUUUCCUGUGAACUGAUUCAGCUGGACUUCCUCAAAUGCAGUGUUGGAUUUCCUUUCAUGAGAGCCCAGACUAAGUAUCAUCUGUCUGUACUUUUUGACACAAGUCAUCUGUCUGGUGAAAAUGAAACACUGUUAUUUUUAGUACAUGCCAGGAGCGCUAACCCAGAACAUGAGAACAAAUUGCAUGAUAACACACUGGAGCUGUCCAUCCCGCUGAUGCAUGAAGUGGACACAGCUGUCACUGGUGUGGUUACUCCUUCCUCAUUUGUGUAUGGAAAUUCUGUUGACUCUUCUCGCUUUAUUCAGCUGGAACACAUGGAGUGCAACUUCCAGCCUCUCAACUUUACCUUUCAGGUGCUAAACAAUGGGCCAAGCAGACUACCGGGCUCCACUGUGGACAUAAGGAUACCUAACAGGCUGGCAGGCAAUGGAGCCAAUAUGUUCCACAUCAUAGACACACAAGUAGCUGAGGGCAGAGGGAACUGUACAUGGCAUAGAAACCCCACACCAUGCAUCAUCCCCCAGGACAGAGAGAGUAUUUUCCACACCAUAUUUGCGUUCUUCACCAAGUCUGGCAGGAAAGUCUUGGACUGUGACCGGCCAGGAAGAGCCUGUCUAACCAUUUCCUGUAGCCUAGGAUCCCAAGCAAAAGAUGAGGCUACAGUAAUUGAUGUGCAAAUGCUACUGAACACUGAAACACUUAAGAAAGACAGCUCUUCAGUUAUUCAGUUUGUUACACGAAGCCAUGUCCAAGUGGACAGCCGAGCUAUGGAGGUGCCCACUGGCCUACCAGAGGACAUUUCUCUGGUAUUUGAGGCACUGCAUAGUCAGGAACCCAGGGGUUAUGUGGUGGGUUGGAUCAUUGCCAUCAGUCUGCUUGUGGGAAUCCUCAUCUUCCUCCUGCUGGCUGUGCUGCUCUGGAAGAUGGGAUUUUUCAGGCGGCAUUACCGAGAAAUAAUAGAAGCAGAAAAGAACAGAAAAGACAGUGAUGAGAGCUGGGAUUGGGUUCAGAGGAGUGAAUGAGAGCCUGGGGUUGUGUCAGAUGACCCAGUAAGCUGCUGCCCUUCACCACGGAUAUGUCCUUACACUCAUACCAUCCAGUCUUCCAUAUGUGGAAGAGAAGAAUAUUCUCCAAAUUUUUCGGAGCCUUGACACUUUUUUGUAGGUAGAAAUUAAUAUUUGGUUCACCAGAUAUGACUCAUAGUGGAGUUCCAUAUGAUCCCAACAGAGGUGGCUGCCAGUUGGAGCGGAGAGACAGAUGGAAAGAAAUGGAGACUUCCACCAAAGGAUAUGGAUAUUGCAUCAAAACUAGCAGAUCAUAAAAACCCUCAGGGCGCUGUUUAAAAGCAAAGACCUAUUUAUAUAUAUAUAUAUAUAUAUAUAUAUAUAUAUAUAUAUAUAUAUAUAUAUAUAUAAAAUAUGUAUAUGUGUGUGUGUGUGUGUAUUGUAUAAAUGAGAAUUUCAAGAGGGCUUGUAGAUUUUUGGCCUUCAAACAUAUAUUUUUGGUAUUGAUGUUUGAAAGCACUGAUUACAGAUACAUGCUGAAGACUUGAUAAUCUUCAUGUAAAUCAAUAUUCCAGGAAGAAUAUAUAAUGGUAAUGAGUCGGAAACAUUUGGGUUGUACCUCUGUUUGCUUUCAUUUCACAUCCAUCCAAUUUGCAAAAGAUAUGAUGUUUUUGUAUUUGGUUUUGGUUAUCAGUUAGAGAAGAAGCAGAGGGGCUCAUGUCAGUGCAAGUUACCAAUUCAUGCACAUUUGCACUGGAUAAUACUCCAUUUUAUAAAUGACAUAUGAAUAAUUUUAUGCAGUCCCUUUAGUCCCACAUACCUUCUUUGAUUUCUUUUGAAAGUAAACAAUAGCAUAAAUUGUCCACCAAUAUAAUAAUGCAGAAAUCUUGAAUCCAACCUUUGCACGCAUUGUUCUCUUAAAGCUUUCACUGUUUUUGUAACGCUUUCACUGAUUUUGUAGUAUGAUUAUUCUUAGCCUCUGGUCAAAUAUUGCACCUAAAGAUAUCAAAAUGUGUUGCACUUCAUGACUGAACCUAAGCUCACUCUUUGGGGCUUUGGGGAAAAGUUUUAUGUCAACACAUUGGAAUGCAAAGCGCCCUCAUAACUCAGAGCACAUCAGUUAUAAAGCAAAGCCCUACUCCAAGCAGAGGUGUGCAGUCAUGUUUUUUUUUUUCAAAACUAUUUUUCAAAACUUUGUAUUCAAGAUCAUUGGCCAAUGAAGCAUAACUGUAAAAUGUAAAACAGGAUGUAAAACAGGACACAGUGAACAUAGAAGCUGUUAAAAUCCAUAAUUAUGUUCUGGUUUCUGGUGUGCGGGUCUAAAUCAGAGAGCAAACUGUAGACAUAAUUUUCCUUCAAUUUUUACUCAUAAUCUUUAUCAUACACUGAAUCCACAACCUGACAUAUGUAUCAUUUUGUUUGAAUGAAAAAAUAAUGUUUAUAAAUAAUAUAAUUAUUUGUUAAAAACAGAUGUGCCAUCUGGCUAAGAAUUUUUUUAUAAGCUUUAUUAUUGCACCAGACUUUUAUACCAAAGUUAACAGAUCUUUCCAGUUACUUCACUGCUUAUAUUCACAUUUGCUGAUGUACUGAUAUCUGAGAGAUUGACAUGAAGAAUAUUGCUUGUUGUAUGAAUGAUCCAUGAUGUCACUGGCAUGGUAAACAUAAAAACACAUUUCUCCUCUGCACCUGGCAACUUUUUCUUUUUUUCUUUUUUGCAUGGACGUGCAUCUGAGAGAGAAAUACUUGACAUUAAAUAGGUAUUUAAGUAUUGUAUAUUAACUGUGAGUGCUUUAGCAGUAUUACUAUUAUCACUUUUUUGAGUAAACUACUGUCACAUAGUUUCAUUUUUUUGUAAAUGCAGUGAAGUCUAUGUUUUACAAGUUAUGCAAGUUGUU